AUGACCCUCACAACCUACCCAGCUACCACCGACUCCUCCGACCUCGCAGCUCUCAAUAUCUCUCGGCUCCUCGCCCGCCUCGAACAGAACCUACUGUCGCCAAAUGCCGACCUCAAGACCCUGCGGCGAUCGGAGUAUCAGCAGAUGAGAGUUAGCGCGAAUGUAGAAUACGCCCGUACAAACCUACAAGCUCUCGAGCGGAGUCUUCCCCAAAUCAAACCAGUCGGCCGACGCCAUGAGCUCCAGACCACAGUUACGCGAAACCGACAAACGCUGAAACAGCUCCAAAAUAUCCUCGAUGAGAUCCAAUCGGAUGCGGCGAUUCGCUCUUCAGCUCGGGGCACUGAAUGGGAUGAUGGAGACUCCGAUGAAGAUGAUGCAGAGUCCGAAGACCUGCUAGGUACACCGGAGGGAGGAAGCACGACUGACGAGGCUGCGCCUGAAGACGACACCUCGCGAUCAACACCUGCAACGACUACAGUACCGAAUAUGCCGCAACCAACACCCACAGACAUAUCUGAGCCAAGCUCAACACUCACCCCGACAGCACCCGCCACAACAACACUCCGAAAGAGACACCACAACACACCGAACCCCUCCUCAAACCUCACAAAGGGCACAACGGCAACAGGGACAUCCCUCCACCCCUCCUCCACCUCACCAACCCCCGCCACGACCUCCGCCGAAACAGAACAAGCCCUCUCUGCUGACCGUGCUGAACAAGAAAAUCUCACAUCCUCCCUCCUCUCCCUCGCAACACAGCUCAAAACAUCCUCGCAAGCCUUCCAGGCAUCUCUAGACGCCGAGAAAUCCGUCCUCGCCCGAGCCGCGGAGGGACUAGAUCGGACGACAGGGAACCUCGCUGCCGCAGAGCGCAGGAUGGGUAUGCUGCGUCGGAUGACAGAGGGGAAGGGGUGGCUUGGGCGGAUGAUGCUCUACGCGUGGAUCUUUGCGCUGUGGGUUGUAGCUGUGCUGCUUGUGGUAGUUGGGCCGAAGUUGAGGUUUUGA